AUGUCCAUGAUCCCCCUCAAAACUGUUAUUCCAAAAGCAUCCAAAAGAGAAAUUAAAAAGUAUAAGAAAUUGUUUUCGGAUGUCGAAGAGCUUGAUUCAGUGUUAGAUUGUUCCAAAUGGGCAAUGGAUUAA